CUACCGUACGACACGUCUAUUAUUACUGCGCGGUGUUUGUGUUGAGAGUGUUUUUUUUUCGCCCCAAAUCUGUCGGUCGCACACAAAAUAAUCGUAACAAAACGUCGUCGUUGUUUUGAAUUGUUUUUUUUUCAUUAAACGUUAUCAGUUUGUUGAUGGUAUUUCUCUAAGCGCAACCAAGUGUCGUCCACCCAUAGGAGAUGCUUGUCGGGGCGUUUACCUUAACACUAUUAGCUUUAUUUUGUUUCGGCGGUUCUUUUGGAGAAGAAAGUUAUCUAGGACAUGGAGACUUCUCGUCGGGCGGAGAUCUUUCGUCCUACCAUCAUGCGGGAGGCGGCCAUAGCACCCACAGCGGCCACGGACAUGGUGGGGGUGGUGGCGGCGGAGGCGGUGGUGGUGGCGGUGGUCACGGAGGUGGCGAGCACAUUCACAAGGGCGAAGUGAUACACAGGCACGUGCACGAGGGCAAAGUGGAACAUAUUCACAAGCACGUGGGCCACGCCGAGCACGACCACAAGCACGCCGGACACGCGCACCACGACCACAAGCAUACAGGCCACGCGGGCCACGACCACAAGCACCACGGCGCGGCCGAGCACAAGCAUUCGCAUUACGGCAAGGCCGAGCACGGCCACAAGCACGUGGGUUCGGGCGCGCACUCACACAAACACGUCGGCGCCGCUGAGCACUCGCACAAGCACCACGGACAGGCGGAUCACGCGCACAACCAUCACGGACAUGCGGAACACGCGCACAACCACGUGGCGCACGCGGAACACGGGCACAAGCACACGCUGCACGCUCAGCACGGGCACAAGCACCAAGGCUCGGCCGGACACACGCACAAGCACUUGGGCCACGCCAAGCACUCGCACGCGCACGGCGGACACGCUGACCACAACCACAAACAUCACGGACAAGCCGAACACUCGCACGGGCACCACGGCAGCUUCGGGCACGGGCACGAACACCACGGCAAGUCCCAGCACACGCACGCGCAUCACGCUCAGGCGUCGCACGGCCACAAGCACUCGGGCCACCACGCGCACUCACACCACCACGGCGUCGACGGUCACGGGGGCGGCGGCGGCGGUGGCGGAGGCGGUCACGGCGGUCACGGCGGUCACAUAGGGUACCUGGUAAAGAGGAACGACGGCGUGGUGCCCGCCGAGGGACUGAGCAAGUUCUAUAAGGCGCCCGUAGUGGCCGCGCAGGAAACUUCGCCGUCGGCGGUUCCGAAGCUCGAGGGCGUGCCGCUGGAAGACAUGUUCAGCAAGGUGGAGAUCGCCGAUUACGGCGGAUCGGCUGGCACGACCGAGUGAAGUGAGUGAACGCGAUCAAUGCGAUUGACUUGACGCGAUCAAACUCGUUAUUCGUCUACGUUUGCCACGAUAUUAUCCAUUGUUAAAAAAUAAUACUAUAUAACUAAUAUAUUACCAUAUAAGACAAUGUUAUUAUUAUUUGUUACCUUAUAAAUAUUAUUUUAUUAAUUAUGUAUACACUUUUUUUUUCUGUAUUUGUUAUUGAUAUACAUUAAAUAAUAUAUGAUAUAUAUUAUUAUAUUAUGUGUUGUUAAUAUUUAUCUUAUCAUAUAGGUAGUAAUAAUAAUAAUAUGUACAUGUUUGCAUCACAAAAGAAUAAUAAUAUUAUUAUAUAUGUUAUACAAUAUUUUGUAAUGUAAAUAAAAAUAACACGUUAUUAUA